ACAAUACAAUACAACCCAGGAUCUCUGUGUUCCUUCUAUACUCUGAUGCCUGUGUGUCCCUCGCCCUCUUUCUUUUGCCUCAAUAUCAGAAGCUAGCUUUCUUCUUCAUCGCGUUACGAUCUCGGUGAGGAUCGAACGUUCUUCGUCUUGCCUUAAGGAAAAACCCCUCUGACCUCUCGAUCGUCGCGGCAUUGCCAACCGGGAUGGCGAUGGCGUCUCGGGAUGGAGGAGGUGCGGCGGGCCGGGCGGCGCUGCGGGUGGGCCGGACGCGGGAGUACCGGACGGGCAUGGAGACGGAGCUGCUGUCCAUCGACGCCGGGUCGUCGGGCGGCCCGGCGGUGAGCCUCUUCGUGCUGUGCGGCGACGGCUUCGAGGCCGCGCGCCUGUUCCGGUCGGGGACCCUGUCGCUGCACAUGGCCCGCGUGGAGGGCCUCGUCCCGAUGUCCAUGGCCACGGUCGCCGUCGGCGACCACCGGUGGAUGCUGGCGCGCGACGCCCUCGUGGCGCGCGUCGACGAGCGCACCUUCGUCUUCGAGCUCCCCGGCUUCUUCUACGCCGUCGCCAUGCCGCCCGACGCCGAGAGGGAGUGCGCCUCGAUGGCGGAGAUCCUCUCGCGGUUCUGCUCGUACCACGAUCUUGCCGCCGACGCCGCCGCCGAUGGUGGAGGCGAACUUGCUGGUGAGCUGGACACAAACCCGUGGGCCGGUGCUCACGCCAGGAUAAGUCGCCUCAAGAGGCAGCACACCUCGCCGGCUGCCGCCGACGCGCCGUCCGACCCCGCCAGGCAGAUGGAGCGCGCCGUCCGCACGUCAGCGGUAGUCAAGCUACUUACCCGAUCCCUGCUAUCUGGCGUGCUCCAGCCGGGCCGGCACCUGACCGUCACCACCGGCACCGCCUCCGCCAUCGCCGGCACCAGCUCGUGGCCCUCCACGGCAGCGCUGCCAAGCAGAUCGGUCGUGGCAGACCUGCUCGACGCCAUCGAGACGAACCGGGCCGUGCCGCGCUGCGGUGGAUCCGGUGGCGACGGCGGACUCGGACUCGGGUGGUGGAACCUCAACGUGGAGGGUGUAAUGCUGUUGCUCAGGGUCGUCCAGGCGGUCCGGGGAAGGAACAAUCUAGCGGCGCCGGCGCCAGGGGGAAAGAGGCCACGGGACGAGGGACCAGCUGGCCGCGACACCAUGAGAGGUGGCGUUGUGGGAGGCAGCAGCGCGGCACGGCGGUGGUGUGGCGCUGGCGGGCGGCCGGGGAAGAUUGGGAAUGCACCGUUGGCGCCUGUGGCUGUGGGGUCCAGACCAUCAUCAAAUAGAUGCUUGAUUGACGAUCGGUAGGGGUUUAGGGUAAUUAGGGAACGGUUUGAUUUGUUGAUAUGCUCAGACUGCUAUCGUACGCGAUGCAUGAUUGAUGAUCGGUAUGCUUCGA